CGCAUCUACCAAGACUGUGAUACACACGGGGAAUUGGUAUAACGACUAAAUUGAGGGAGAAAACCAUGACCUGCAACAACAAGAAUUCAGAGAAUUUUUUUUACAUAGGUCCGCCACACGGCUGUAUCUACAGCUUGUGCACUUUAACUGUACUCUCUCUUGCAGAAAACAAUUAAUUUACAUUUUGGGCUUCUAGCAGAUUUAGCUCGGAUAUCUUUCUCCAGAGGGAUUUACAAUAUUUUUUAUGCACAAUCCUUUCAUACAGAUGGAUAUUUACUGAGGUAAUUCAGGUGAAAUACUUUUCUCAGGGCUGUAUUGGCAGCACCCAGGCUGGCAACUGAACCAACAACCCUUGAGCACUUUCUGACGGACCCAUUAGUGAGAAGGAAUGCCCUGUGAUGUCACCGGUGUAUUUUUCAGUUUAGAUCGUGGCGGUUUGCGCAUCACAAUGACACAUGAUGCUUACGGUCCUUGGCCCAUUGCAGAGUCAGUAGUGAUGAGAAUAUGAUUCAUAAUCCAGCUUUUGGUCAUAUGAAGCAAGUAUGAGCAGAUGGAUCAAGCGCUUCUCUCUAGCCAAUGCCUGUUUCCACGUGGAGUUAAAUUUUCUUCUGAUGUGUAAACGAAGAACGAUAUCUACCAUUGUCUUCCUCUGGGAAUCUUUUUUUUUUAACCCUCAGUACAGACAGAGGAAAUAAAAGCACCCCUUUCUGCUUGUUUCAAGACUUCCAGUUACCAUGACGACGAUGAUGGUAGUCCAGCAACCGCAACCUGUUAUGGUUUCCACUGACUCCAACCAAUGGAGCUCUGGCAUUUGCGACUGUUGCGAUGAUGUACCUCAAUGCUGCUUUGCGUUCUGGUGCUUCCCGUGUUUCGCCUGCAAGACGGCGAAGGACUACGGAGAGUGCCUCUGCCUGCCACUAUUGGACGGCUUCGGCGCCAUACCGCCCAUCACCCUGGCGUUGAGGGCGUCCAUGCGCCACCGCUACGGCAUCACGGGCACCAUCUGCAACGACUGCGUCUAUUCCUUCUUCUGCGGGCCCUGCUCCUGGUGUCAGAUGUCGCGCGAAAUGAAGGCUCGCCUCCAGCCAAUCAUGCUCAUCAAUGCCCGGGCCAAGUAAACCUCCGCCCCACCCCUCCCGCCUCGACCCCCGGGCCUGACCUCUGAUCAGCAUUCAACGGAUCGCUCAACUGUCACAGCUCACGCUGUCCACUGACCUGGGAUCAGUACAGGCUCAGGGAGUAAGGCAAACCAAACAAUGUGACCAGUGUUGCCCCCCCCCCCCCCCCCCC